AUGUUCUCAUACUGUCUCCUUGCUAGCAUAUGUUUCGCCUAUAUUGCGCACGGGGUGCACGCAUUGCCGUCCUACUCUAACAAUGCGUCUGGCCCAUCGGGUCCGAUGGUUGAUGUGGGAUAUGCAGCAUUCCUGGGCAACGAUUCUAUCCCUGGGUUUCCCGGAAUUGAGUUCUUUGGCGGUAUACGCUACGUGCAGCCGCCGCUCGGUGAGCUGCGGUUCCGUGCCCCACAACGGCUCGAUGAGACUGUGGGUCCGCAUAAUGUGACGGAUGCCCGGGAUUGGGGCGACAUAUGCAUGCAAGAGCCCGCACAGGUUGGGUUCGGGUCGGAAGACUGUCUGACCCUUAAUGUGUGGAGAUCAGCCGGGACACAAGCAGGUGAUAAUGUUCCUGUGGCUCUGUACAUCCAUAGCGCACAGGGCUUUCCGAUGAGCAGCUGGGUGAAUGAGACAGGCGGCGCGAUGAUGGGCGUCAAUAUCCAGUACCGGCUAGGGAUGUUUGGGUUUCUUGCGUCGGCGGCCGUGCAAGAGGACGGGGACAUGAAUGCUGGUCUGCUUGAUCAGCGUGCAGCGUUCGAUUGGGUGAGACGACACAUCUCGAGGUUCGGCGGGGACCCCGGCAGGAUAACUGUCAGUGGACAGAGCGCGGGCUCUGCAGACAUAGUGCAUCAGAUGGUGUCGUACGGAGGGCAAGGCGAGCCACCAUUUCAGGCUGCAAUUGCUCAGAGUAUCGGGAUGGACCCGCUUCCAAUCGCUGAAGAAUACGAGCACUGCUUCGCGAAUGUCAGUGCGUCCGUCGGAUGCCUCUCUCCGACGAACACGUCACAGUCCAUCAUGGGCUGCCUUCGCGCGGCACCGCUAUCCGCUCUCGUUACGGCAAUCAACAGCAGACCAUCGAGCUGCGGCUUCCUGCCCGUCGUCGAUGGGACGAUACUGCCUGCGCUUCCGUCACAGCUGAUUGCGACAGGCAGGUUCCAUAGGAUGCCGUUCGUCGGUGGGCAUGUCACAGACGACGGGUCGAUCUUCGUCGGUGAUCCCGCGAACUUUGUGAACACGACGGAUGGAUUCGUCGCGUCCAUCAUGAAGCGAUAUACAUUGCUGUCCAACACCACCAUUGCGCGGAUGAUCGAACUGUAUCCGUUGAGCGACUUUCCGUCGCAAUGGGAGCGGGCGAAGAGGGCGUUCGGAGACACGGUGUUCACGUGCAUGGACUGGAUCAUCGCGCAGAAGCUGAUGUCCGAGGGUAGAACGGACGCGUACAACUACCGGUUCAACACUCCAGAUCCGGUGCAGCUUGCGGCGAACCCAUGGGAAGGUGUGAUGCACACGUCGGAGCUGUUCUUCCUGUUCCAGGGUGCGUCUUCUGGUCCCUCGCCGACGACUCCUAUAGCGCUGUUUGCGCCAUUCAACGCGUCGGAGAAGGUGCUUGCGACGGAGACGAUAGGGUACUGGACGAGCUUCUCUCGUGCGUUCAGUCCUAACACAUUCAAGCCGCUUGGAUCGUCGCCGGAGUGGCUCACGGCAGACAGUGGACGGCUUGUGAUAGAGGAGGGCGGCGUGAAUGGGACUGGUUCGUACAUGGAGGAGAGGUCCCAAGCAUACGAGGAGAGAUGUGCAUUCUGGAUGGAAGUUGGCACAGAGACGAGGGUCUCUGGGUCGUAUACGAUGGACUGCAUAAUCUGCUCUGCAGAUAUGCGAGGAUGUGUCAAGGAUGCGUACAUGGCACAGACACUUUGA